AUGGAGCCCCGUCAGCGCCACGCCUUGGAGACUGGCUAUGAAGCCAUCUACCACGCUGGCUUCAGGCGGGUCCAACUCCAAGGCCUCACAGCAGCCGUCUAUGUGGGCGCUGAGAACUCAAGCGAGUGGCCCGAGCUCUCUGGCGCCUCCACGAAGGCAACAGGCUUUACAGCGACCGGGGCGGCGUCUUCGAUCCUGGCUGGGCGGAUUUCCUUCGUUCUUGGCCUAAAGGGCCCCGCGGUGUCCCUGGAUGUUGGUGACUGCUCCAGCCUCUCCGCGGUGCAUUUCGGCGCGCAGGUGCAGAGGGAAUGCGGGACAGAGAUGCCAGAGUUCUCCUGCGCCGUCGGCGUCUCAGUGCUGCUCUCACCACGCAGCUGGCCACCUCGCCAGGCUGCCGGACUCUUGGGCGCAACAGGGCGCUGCCGCGUCUUCGAUGCUACAGCUAGCGGGGCCGUGCCCGGCGAGGGCACGGCAGCGGCAGUGCUCUGGAGGAAAGCAGAUGAAGAGCAGGAGGGUUUUCUGGAGGGCACGGCAAUGCAGCACGUGGGACGCGCUGCAAGCUUGACUGCACCAAGCUGCCCUGGAGAGCAAGAGCUGGUUUGCGAAGCUCUGCGCUCGGCGGCGGUGGCCCCCAGUUCCCUUGACUCUGUGGAGCUGCACGGCUGGUGCCACGUGCUCGAUGACGGUGUCGGGGUCGUGGCCGCUGCUCGUGCGCUCGAGGCGGGCAGCAGAGGUCCUGGAAAGGCUUCUCUUUGCAUUGGCUCGAUCCGGUCGGGUCAUGGCGCAGUGGAGGCUGCCCAAGGCAUCGCCGCCCUUCUGAGGCUGCUGGCCUUCACAGCUUAUGGUGCUUUGGCUCCUGCAAUCCACUUGAGGCAGCUGAACCCAUACGUCGCAUCUUCUGACUGCGAUGGCAUCCAGCUUGCCGUUGAGCCGGUAUCGCCGCGCCUUCCUGCAGCCUUUGCCGGCGCAACGUCCUCUGGAUUUGGCACGAACGCCCACGCGAUCUUAUGGAGCUGCAGCGAAUGA